AUGCGUUUGUUAACAACCUCCGUGGUGACUGCCCUGGUGGGCCAGGAUACGUCAGUCCUGUCCCAGAGCGCUCCGUCGUUCCCCUUCCCAACCAGCUGCUCGGGCGUUGCGUCUCCCCGGUAUGCCUACACGGUUGAUUCUGGCUGGCAAGUGACAAAGAUCGCCAGCGGUCUCCGCCAGCCCCGAACUAUCGUUUUCGACCCUCGCGGCAACAUGCUGGUCUUGCAAGCCAGCUCCGGUAUCUCGGUCCACACUUUCGGUCCGGAUGGUUGCAUCAACAGCACCAAGACGCUCUACCAGAACUCGGGUCUCAACCACGGUCUCAGCUUGACACCUGAUGGCAAGACCCUCUACGCUAGCUCUCAGACCACCGCUUGGUCGUGGACGUACGAUGCCGCGGCUUUGACGCUGACGGGCCAGAAGACCGUAGUUAGCGGCAUUGGCCAGGGUAUUCACUCGACCCGAACCGUUGUUGUCUCUCCCAAGAACCCUAACCUGAUUGUCGUCUCCGUCGGCUCCAAUUCCAACUGGGACAACCCAACUAUUGACCCGAAGGUCGGCCGUGCUAUCGUCAAAGUCUUUGACGUGAGCAAGGCACCUGCAAACGGCUAUUCCUUUAAUAGUCAAGGUACCGUGUUGGGCUACGGUCUGCGUAACGAAGUUGCUCUUACCUUCGACCCUAACGGCCACGUAUGGGGCGCUGAGAACAGCGGUGACGACUUCAGGAGGACGGUUAACGGCCAGUCGACGGAUAUUCACAUCGACAACCCUGCUGAGGAGCUGAACUACCUUGGCGACCCUGCCGCGCCUCUCGCAAACAACUGGUUCGGUUACCCGACCUGCUUCACCGUGUGGGAGCCGUCCAACUUCCGGGACAACACCGCGCUGAAGACGGGCUCGCAGUUCGUCGUAUCGCCCAACUCGACCUUCAACGACGCGUCGUGCGUGGGCAAGUCCAUCCCGCCGCGCCUGUCGUUCCCGGCGCACAUGGCCCCCAUCUCCAACGGCUUCGACGCCAAGGGCGAGAACCUGUACAUCACGUUCCACGGCAGCUGGGACCGGCAGCCCGCCCAGGGCUACUUCGUGGCCGAGGUGCCCUUCCAGAAGAACGCGGACGGCCUGUAUGAGCCCGUGGCCCCGGCCGACAGCAAGACCGGCUACAAGAACAUCAUCGGCGCCCAGAACCCCGGCGGCUGCAACUCGCCCUCGCUGACCAUGAGCUCCUGCUGGCGUCUCGCCGCGCUGAGCUGGGACCCCGCCGGCGAGCGCCUCUUCAUCAGCUCCGACAACCAGGCCCAGGGCGAGAUCUUCGUGCUCAAGAAGAAAUAA